AUGUCGGAGAAGAACGAUUUGGGCUACAGCGACGCCGACGGAGAGCGUCGGCGCCGCCUCUUCAUCUGGAUGUUCGGUUGCUUCCUCUCCCUGGUAGUGCUUGUCUUCUUCGUCGUCCUCGUCGUGUGGCUCGUCCUCCGCCCCAUCCGUCCCCUGUUCUACCUCCAGGACAACUCCGUCGGGCAGCUCAACCUCACCGCCGGCAACGGCCUCCUCACCUCCGUCCUCCAGGUCACCCUCUCAUCCCGCAACCCCAACGAUAGAAUCGGCAUCUACUACCAUGACCUCGUCGCCUACACCCGCUACCGGGGCCAGCAGACCACCGCCGCCGCGGCCCUCCCCGCCGGCUACCAGGGUCACAACGACGUCACCGUCUGGUCCCCCUACCUCUUCGGCGGCGGCGUCCCUCUCGCCACCGACCUCUCCGCCGCUCUCUCCCAGGACCAGCAAGCCUGUCGCAUCCUUCUCUCCGUCCACAUCGACGGCCGCCUCCGGUGGAAGGUCGGCGCCUGGACCUCCGGCUACUUCCACCUCCACGUCAACUGCCCCGGCUUCCUCGUCCUCGACUUCUCAAGGCCUUCCGAUGCCGGCUCCUACUACUACCGAUUCCAGAACACGCGCUGCAAAGUCGACGUCUGAUCGGAUCCGAUCGUAGACGGCGUU